AUGGAAGGCGUGCGCAAUGCAAUGAUCGCUGCAUUUCAGCACCUCGGCUUUGCGGAGUUUCGGCCUCACCUUGCUUGGUUCGCGGAGUCGAAGACACUGGUUGCUAGAGCAAAGCUGCGUUCUUCGAAAGCGUGGGGCCCGCGCCUGGAUUUGUGGCCACCGCAGCCGCCGCCGCCAGGCAUUGAGGACGACGAUUGCUGUUACGAGGAUGUCAACUCUCCCGUUCCUGUCAUCGCGCAACGGCUAUACAACGAUGAUGUGCGGAGGUUGCUCGCCGUGCCCUGCGACGGCGUGCAGUCUCCCUGGCUGCAACGGGCGCUCACCGCGGCCUUCAUCGUGGACUUUGCGACUGAGGUUGGCUUGCCCUCUCCAGAGAUGCCACCGACGCAGCAGGAGAUGAUCGAAGAGUUUAGCCUCCGCAUCCAGGAGUACGAGUCUCAGCGUGCGGCUCCUUCAGCCGCCAGUGCCGGCGGCGCCGAGCCCGAGCAGCACCGGCUGCGCCCAGCCCUGGAGGCCUUUGAACGAGCGCUCGCUCCGCUGAAGGCGGAGUCCCAGCGUCUACGCGAACAGGGAGGGCGCUUUGUGGCCGAGAACAAGACGGCGAUCGCCCUUGGCGCGGUGGGCGUGGUGGGCGGUGCAGUGGCGGCCGCACUGGCAGGAGGAGCCAUCGUUGCUGGACGAUUUGUUCACAGAGGCAACCAGGAGCCCCCCAGAAGCGGAGAGACCGAGCAAGCUGAAGAGUGA